AUGCAGAUCGAGCUAGUCCGGCAUGGACAUGAUUCACGAGCUGCAGAAGAGCUAGAACCCCAUUUGCAGGAUCCCAGUCAUCGCAGUGUGGAACUCACUGAGGGAAAGGCCACAAUGGUGAAUGGAGAAAAGCAGUGGUAUGUGUGGCGGAUGGCCGAGGAGAACCACGUCGGAAUCGCUGAAGCCUGA